GGAGGUGCCAGUCCGACUGUGAGGUGACUGGCGUCCCCGCUGCACCUGUGCUCUGCAAGCUGGCACCCGAGACUGCGCUCUUCCCUCUUCGCCGGGCUUCCCGAGGAGUGCGUCUGGCGCGUGCCCGUGGGACGCAGGAAGCAACUCCUCGCACACAUCGCCGAGAGGGGGGGCCAGCAGGAUGCCCCCCCCCCCCCCGCGCGCGGCGGGCGGGAGGCGGGAAGGCUCCUCGGCGGCCCGGCCGCCGGAGAGACCCGCGCAGCCUCCGCGGGGGCCGCGGCCUCCUCCUCUUGGGCCGUCGGGCUCGGGCCGGGGCGGCGGCGCCCGCAGAUUUGGACUUCGUUCGUGCCGAGCAGAGGCCGCGGAGUCCGGGAGGCGCAGGGUCGAGCCCGGCACGAGGGACCCGCCAGCGCCGUCGGAAGAAGCGCGCCAGGCAGACACAUGCAGUACGAGGGCGCUGAAAUUAGCUUGGGCUCCGUUCGCCCCCCGAGGAGCACGGAAAAGGUGAAGCCACUCGAGCCUCGAAGUAGGAAGGCGCCUAACAAGCCUAACGUGGACUGAGCCUGCGAGUAGCUCGAAAAAGAUUGGAAGCCGGGAGCCAACGACCGACGGGUCCCGGGAGCAGCGCCUCGUGGGGGGCAGGCCUCCACGGCAGCACCACGGCGGCCGCCUCCAAUCUGCGGCGUGGUGGCCCCCCUGUGCGGGCGCGGCGUGCCCGCGUGGCCAGGGCGGCGAGGUGCCCGCGGCCCGAGCGGCCAGGGCCCUGCACGACGCCCCCUUUGCAUGCGCGGGCGGGGGGCCGCGCGGCAAGAGAGGUCUCUGCAGGGGCCCAGGGACACACAGAUAGAUGCACACAAUGCCC